UGAGCUUUUACUUCAUCUCUCAAGUCUCACCCUCUCUCUGUCCGUGUUCUUCUCAACCCAAUCUCCGCCUGUUCAUCUGGAUCCUCUGUUUGAGAAAUCAGGAUAAGGAAGAAAUGUACGAGGGGCAGCAUUUCAUGGACUUGGAAGAGAAUUCCAAUUUCGGCGAUCCAAAUUCUUGGCUUUCGGCGGACGACAAUUCGUCCUUCACUCAACGUCAAGCUCAGUUCUCGCUUGCUAACUCCUCCACUGCCUCCGGAGCUAAUGGGAGCUUGGAUCGCGUCCUUUUCAACGACCUCGUCGAGAUUGUUCCGCUCGUUCAGUCCCUCAUCGAUCGUAAAGCAAGCAGUUCAUUCACCCGCCGUGGUUCUAUGGUCUACACCAAGACACCUUCAAGAGAAACGUUAUCUAAAAGAACGGCAGAUUCAAAAGGUAGGAACACCAGUCAAUCUAUUCCUGCCAGAAAGAAAAAAGACCAUGGAGAAAAAGAACAGAGCAAAAAUGAUAGUAAUAACCUUGACACAGACAGCUUACCAACAUUUUCUUCAAGAGCUUUGACAUCUGAAAAGGAAAGAGAAGAAUUAGUAAUGUUGAAGGAGCAGGUGGAGGAUCUGCAGAGGAAAUUACUGGAGAAAGAUGAACAUCUAAAGUCAGCGGACAACUCAAGAAUCCAGUUGACUGAUCUUAAGACAAAAAUUGAUGAACUGAUGCGCCAGUCUUCAGAGAAGGACUCUUUACUCAAGUCUACUCAGCAUCAACUUUCUGACGCUAAGAUAAAACUCGCGGACAAGCAAGCUGUUCUUGAAAAGACACAGUGGGAAGCAACGACAUCCAACAAGAAAGUGGAGAUGCUUCGAGAAGAGAUAGAUUCCAUGCAAGGGGAUAUUUCAUCAUUCAUGUUGCUACUUGAAGGCUUGACUAAAUAUGAUGCUGCUGAAUACACUGAUGACUAUGACUUCAAGCCAUAUGAAUUCAGUCACGUGCCUAGUAUUGAUGAUUUGGACGAGAUGGAGAUGCAGAAGAUGGAAGAAGCAAGAAAAGCUUAUAUUACUGCGCUAGCUGUGGCCAAGGAAAAACAAGACGAAGAAUCUCUUGCUGCGGCCUCCAAUGCUAGGUUACACCUUCAAUCAUUCGUUUUCAAAACCCAAAAUCUUAGCCUUUGACAUUACUAGCACUUUUCCCUAAUAUUUGCACGCAAGGUCCUUUACUCACAAAUCAUGGUAGCACUGAUCGACCGUGUCCAUGUGCCCGCUAAUCUGUGCAAGAGAGAGUGAUUUGUGAUUGUAAGCUUAUUUGAUAUGCAAAUACGUAGCAUGGUUUUCGUUUGGAAGAUCUUAAUUUCAUAAACUAGAGCUCUUUUGGUGAAGGUGAAAAUUCGUCCUGAGGGGGUCUAACUGCAUUUCCACAGCUCAUGAGUUCCCAAAUCCUUUUCAAGUUUGCAAAUGCUUGAGAUUUGACUAUAUCUGAACGAGGUGUGGAUUCCUCCAUACAGGGCAGUCAUCACUUCUGUCUCUGGCUUGGGGCUGCUAUUACCGUAGGAUGUGUAACCUCCUCCGUUGUCGACAUUUGAAGCGUUUCCGAGAUUAUGUUGCGUGCCUGUUGCCACGAGGUGGAUGUGCUUAUAUGAGAUUGUGAUUAGGGACGUUAGUGCCUUUAUUUAUCGACAAAUGCUAUUAAACGGCUACCCUGCCGUUUGUCGCUUUAUUCCUGGCGAAUUUUUCCUUUUCUUUUCCUGGUGAAGAAAUUGCUUGGAUCAAUGUGUGGAAUGUUAUGUACUUAUGUUCAUUACUAAACAUAAA